GUUGUCUAGGAACCAGAAAAUAGGUUUAGCUCUUAGUUGUAUGUUGAUAACUGAGGAAAAACGCCGGAAGAAACGGAAAAUAUGGGCUAAGCAGUGGCUUCAUGAUCGAAAAAGGUUUACACACUUAAAUCUGUUAAAAGAACUGGACGAGAGUGAUUUUAGAAAUUUUUUUUGCGAAUGGACGAGCAGUGUUUUACCGAUUUACUCUAUAUGGUUAAGCCUUUCAUUGAGAAAAAGAACACUUUAUUUAGAAGUUCUGUGAGUGCUGAGGAGAGGCUGAUUGUAACUCUCCGAUAUCUGGCAACUGGGAGGAGUUACGAAGACUUAAAAUUCAGUGCUGCUAUUUCGCCUCAGCUCCUGUCAUCAAUCAUACCUGAAACCUGUGCUGCAAUUUACCACUGUCUGAAGAAGUACAUAAAGAUUCCAAAAACUGAGGAUGAAUGGAGAACUGUUGCACAUCAAUUUGAGACCAAGUGGAACUUCAAUAACGCUGUUGGAGCAAUGGACGGAAAACACAUAGCUAUACAAAAACCAACAGGAAGCGGAUCGCAGUACUACAAUUAUAAAAAGUUUUUUUUAGCAUAGUGUUAUUUGCUAUCGUUGAUGCAAACUAUCAGUUUAUGUACGUAAAUGUUGGAGCCAAUGGG